ACAACUCUACAUGAAGUGAAUGUAGACUCCUCCUGUUGCUAGAUGGCCGUAAUUCUUUGGCAGUCCUUUUCGGGAGCUUUCGAUUCUAUCUAAUGUUGGAGAACUUUGGGGCAACAGCGCAUGGUAAUGUCCGUCAAGUGGAAGAAAUUGUUACAGCAAUUGGUGAAUUCCGCUUCCACCUGCGGGGAAAAUGAAGAAACUUAGGCAGCUGAUGCAGACCGAAUGCCAUGCAUACUCAUCGCCGGUGCAAACUUCAAAGCCCUGGAGGAUGAAUAAUCAUUUGUAAGCUGUGGGUAAGAAAUAUUCUGAGGGUUUGCAAUUCAAAGCCCUGCAGAUUGCAGAGUCCGGGGCUCCCAAACUGAUUUGGCUGCUCCCUGAGAUUUGUGCCCAAUUUUGGUAGGCAGGAGAGCUGGUUUCGGAGGAAGGGCAAGCUGUCAGCUCAGAACACGAGCUGCUUACUUGCUCAAAUGUCGUGCAUGAGCUCCGAGGCAGAUGGGGGAGGGUGUGGCUCCGGAAACUCGUGUAGUGCUUCUGCUCCGGUGACCGCUGUUGUUGCUGGUGCUCCUCGAUUGUGCAUCAAGUGCAAAGAUGGAGUUCCCGCAAUCACGGUGGGAAACCAAACUGAGCCUAUGUGUGCCAGGUGUCUACAUGUGAGCAUCCUUUCCAAGUUCAAGACAGCUGUGAACAAUCAUGGGUUGAUCACGCCUGCAGACAAUGUGCUCGUUGCUGUUUCGGGAGGUCCAUCUUCCAGGGUGGCAGUCGAGAUGUUGAAAGAGAUUCGAUCGAAGGCUCAAAAUGACGCAGAUGCAGCCAAAGAUCAUGUUCUCAAAGUGUUUGGCCUCGGUGUUGUUUACGUUGAUGAAACUACGGUUUUGAAACUUCCCAGAACGGAUGCUGAGGCUGCAGUGGUUGCGAUCAAAGAGAUUUACGAAGGCAUUCCAGUCCACGUUGUGCAGCUAGAGAGUGUGUUUGAAACUGAGAGUUCACUUGUCCAUGAAAAUGGAGGCGAUAAUUUUGCCAGGUUGCAACUCGUGGAAGAUACAGCAGAUCCCAAAUCGAAGCUGUCCAAAUUGUUUGAAAGUGUACAAGAUGCGACUGGAAGAGAAGAUUUGUUGGAGUCAUUGAGGAUGCAGGCGAUUCAAGUGGUAGCUCAAAGUCAGGGUUACACCAAAGUGGUCCUCGCCCUCACUGCCACUCGUGUUGCUGCGCGAGUUGUUGCUGCUACUACAAAGGGACAAGGAUAUUCAUUGCCAGCAUAUAUCCAGUAUCUUGAUGGCAGAUGGCCCGUACCUGUUGUGCUACCUCUGAGAGACUGUGUUGCUCGAGAACUGGCUUUACAUUGUCACUUCUCCAAGCUCUCAACGACUUUCGUGAGAGGACUGACGACUAUGACAGACCCUCGAAGCAGUUUGAACAAUUUGGCCCAUCAUUUUAUCACCCUCCUCCAGGAAGAUAACCCAGCGAGAGAACAUACCAUAGUGCGCACAGCCGCGAAGCUGACCUCUUUUAGAUUCAAUGCCGAGGUUGUUCCUCCAUCGAGACGCCGGCGCAACCCCCGGAAUCAUGACACAUCUCAAGAGAAGUCCAAUCGUGAGCCAGAGUUUCUUUGCUCAAUUUGCAGAGCCCCCUUGAAAAGCAGUGACAUGGCUUCUGCGGUAGGAACACCACACCAGACAGAAAGCGUCGAACAAAAUGAGGAAGAUACUUCCGGACAGUAUGGGGACAUGAAGAGCACUUGUUGUCCCAGUUGUCUUUUUCAGAUCUUCCCGGAGGAAGGAACCCAAGCGGCCGAAAAGUUUUUGCUCUUUCCCAAAACAACCAGAGACACGGCCUCCUCGAACUUUCAUCAACGGCAGCAAUGGAUCAGGUCCCAAAUUGAAGAUUUUUUGAUACCAGAGGGAGACGAUAGCAGUUGAAGCUGGUGAUAUGCUUCGCAUCUAACCGCCCAUCCUUGAGUUCCAUCAAUUACCAAAUGUCCCUGAAGCUCCUGCCAACUUUUGGAAGUUGUCUUCCCAACCUCUUCAGUCGGAAGGCCUGCAACUACACAUUCAGGACGAGUGAUGUGAAAUCUGGAGGAGGUUUAGGGUUUAUCUAAGUCUGCGUUGUGCGUUUAGGUGUAACAAAGGCGUGUUUCUGCACAUUGACGGGGUUUCAUAUACGAAGACAGGCCAGGCCAGUCUUCUUGGGCUGUUUUCGAUAGGUUCUAAGGUUCUCUUCGGACCAUAUUCCUUCAUAUGAGCUCCGGUUAGCCGGUUAGCCACGGCGCAGCGUCGUAGGUGCGUCAGGCGACGGCCUUCAUUUCACGACUCAGCUCAGCACGUGAAGGUCGUAGCCUGGCCUGUACAGAGUGACUUGAUGUGAAGAUCUAUCUUAGAAUACAGACUGACUUUAUCUGGGAGCUGUGUCGAGGUCCUCAUUUCGUCUGCUUCUGAAUUUAUUUAGGGAAUAAUUGGCGCAAAAUAAUGUUGUGGGUUAUAUUUCCGCUCCUCGAGAAUAAACAUGUUACACGUGUUGCA